AUGUCUCAGCCGGCCUUCGGGAUCGUACCCGCCGGCCAGCCCGUCAUCACCACCCCGACGGAGGCGCCCUCGCCGACGUCCUUCCUCUACGCCAUCCCCCAGGGCGGCCCGGGCAGCACCGCCGGCGCCGCCAAGCCCUUCUCGCACAUCGUCGUCUUCCUCCUCCCUGGCGUCGCCCUCCCGCCCGACACCGCCGCCGCAAUCUACCUCGUCACCCCGGGCCCGCCGGGCCAUGCCACGCCAACGUCUCGGUUCCUCGGCGGCGUCGGGCCCGGCAAGGAGAGCGCCAUCUUCAACCUCGGCCCUUCCUCCUCCUCCUCCUCUUCCCCUUAUUCUCCCCCGUCUUCCUCCUCUUCGCCCAUCGUAAUCGGCAUCUCCCUCGAGCCCGCCGAGUCAGUCGCCCAGCGCAUCGCGGAGCGGUCCGCCGCCUCAUCUUCGGCGGGCGCGGCGACGUCGGGCGCCGUCGUCGCGCGGCCGAGCACGCUGGUCCUGGCGCAGCGCAUCAUCAGGAACGCGUUCAACUUCCUCGCCGGGUUCAGCGGCCAGGCCGGCCAGGUCGAGGUCGUGCCCCUCAAGGCGUUUGAGGACUGGUGGCGCAAGUUUGAGAGCCGGCUCAGGACGGACCCGGGCUUCCUGGAGAGGGAAGAUUGA